AUGGAGGGUUUCUCGAAGAUAGCCGCUCCAUUGACACGUUUAACUCAGAAAGGUGUGGUAUUCCAGUGGUUAGAUGAAUGUUCAGAAAGUUUUCAAAAAUUAAAGACUGCAUUGACUAUGGCUCCGAUUUUGACCUUACCUACUGAUGAGGGUGGUUUCACCAUUUAUUGCAAUGCAUCUCGAGUCGAGUUGGGUUGUGUCUUGACGCAAAAUGGUAUGGUGGCACAAUCAUCCUUAGUGGGGCAAGUCAAGGCUUGCCAAUAUAAAGAUCCCCGUCUUGUUAAACUACAAGAUCCAGUGCAAAAUGGGGGCGUUAAGUCAUUCUCUAUUGAUUGCGAAGGCGUGUUACGUUGUCAUGGUAGACUGUGUAUUCCUAUGGUGGGUGAUGUGAAGCUACUAAUUCUUGAAGAGGCUCAUAGCUCGCGAUACUUCAUCCACCCAGGUGCUACCAAGAUGUACCAAGACUUGCGUGGAUUAUAUUGGUGGAAAGGUAUGAAGGCUGAUAUUUUGAAACAUAUGACAAGUUGCUUAAAUUAUUAG